CCGAAGAAAUCAGGGAUCAAAUCAUUACGACAGCUUUUUCAAUCUGUCUUCUUCUUGCGUCCCCGUUUCCCAACGAUCAGCCUUACCUUGCACGGCUUCUUCUCCAUAGCUUGUUUCUUUUUUUUCACCCUUCUUCUCCCUCCACCAAUUCGAGAUAAUCGCCGCCUGUAUCCCAAUUUGGGUUCGGAUUCUUCACCUCCGUUGGUAAAUUUCUGUGCUUCAGAUUCACCGAUGGCUUUGUUGUUGGAAGAGAUCAUUCGAUCAGUGGAGCUGUUGCUGAGGCUCAGGAAUCAGGAGAAGAAACCCUAUGUUGACCCGAAUCUCGACCCGGUUCUUUUGGUACCCGGAAUCGCUGGUUCGAUUCUGAACGCUGUUGAUCACGAGAACGGGACUGAAGAAAGGGUUUGGGUACGAAUCUUCGGUGCCGAUCGCGAAUUCCGUACAAAGCUGUGGUCUAAGUUCGAUCCUUCCACUGGGAAGACGAUCACUCUCGAUCCAAAAACUAGCAUUGUGGUUCCUGAAGACAGAGCUGGGCUCUACGCGAUUGAUGUCUUAGACCCAGAUAUGAUAAUUGGGGCCGAAGGCGUGUAUUAUUUCCACGAGAUGAUUGUUGAGAUGAUCGGGUGGGGAUUCCAGGAGGGAAAAACUCUUUUUGGUUUUGGAUAUGAUUUCCGUCAGAGCAACAGACUGCAGGAGACAAUGGACCAUUUUGCGAAAAAGUUGGAGUCAGUCUACAAAGCAUCAGGAGAAAAGAAGAUCAAUGUUAUAAGUCAUUCCAUGGGGGGCCUGUUGGUGAAAUGUUUCAUGAGUCUACAUAGUGAUAUAUUUGAAAAGUAUGUAAAGAACUGGAUUGCUGUAGCUGCACCAUUUCGUGGCGCUCCUGGAUAUAUCACUUCGGCCUUGCUAAACGGCAUGUCAUUUGUCAAUGGUUGGGAACAGAAUUUUUUCAUUUCAAAAUGGAGCAUGCAUCAACUGCUUAUUGAAUGUCCAUCCAUUUAUGAGUUGAUGUGUUGUCCGGGUUUCGAAUGGCAACUCCCUCCGGUUUUAGAGCUGUGGAGAGAAAAACAAAGUAAUGGUGAAACCUCUGAUGUUGUUCUGGAGUCUUACUGCACGCUGGAAAGCGUUAACGUUUUCAAGGAAGCUCUUGCAAGUAAUGCGGCCAUGUAUGAUGGAGAGGCCAUCCCACUUCCUUUCAACCGGGCGAUCAUGACAUGGGCGCAUGAAACUCACAGAAUUUUGUCUUCUGCCAAGUUGCCUCCUCAAGUUAAAUUCUACAACAUAUAUGGCACGAAUUUAGACACCCCUCACAGUGUUUGCUACGGAAAUGAGAAGAUGCCCGUCAAAGAUCUGACAAAGUUACGGUACUUUCAGCCUACAUAUAUAUGCGUUGAUGGUGACGGGACUGUCCCUGUGGAAUCUGCUAUGGCGGAUGGGCUGAAAGCAGAAGCAAGGGUUGGAGUCCCAGGUGAGCACAGAGGAAUCCUUAACGAUCAUCGAGUCUUCCGCAUGCUCAAACAAUGGCUAAAAGUGGGAGAACCGGACCCGCUUUACAACCCGAUAAACGAUUACGUCAUCAUACCCACCACAUUUGAGAUGGAGAGACACCACGAGAAAGGCAUCGAAGUUACAUCUGUGAAAGAAGAAUGGGAGAUCAUCUCUUCUGAUAAUGAUCGUAAUGGCGACGAUACAGCCUGUGUGAGCUCCAUAUCCAUAUCCCAAGCCGGAAACGAUCAGAACCCACCUGCAGAAGCUCGAGCCACGCUCGUGGUUCUUCCCCAGAACGACGGCAGACAGCACGUGGAGCUUAACGCCGUGAGUGUCUCAGUUGAUACCUGAAAUAUUCUUUUUACUCGACCAAUGUACGGUCAUGUCUGGCCUUGUCUCUGUCUCCUCCUCCAUGUGUCAGUCAAAGACGAAGUCAUGUCUCUGUGUAUAUAGAACUUUACGAGUAUUGUCACGAGUAGUCUCGUACUGAUGUAAAUAAUCGUCGUCAUGUAGUAAAACUGCAUGGUAUGCAUGUUACAUGUGCACAUGCAUGCAUGCAUGCAUUCGAAGUCUAGAAAGAUUGGAAUCUAAUGGACCGAUUUUAUGUAUGGAAUAAGUGAUAUUUUCAUCUUUAGCUCUUAA